AUGCAGGAAGCUCGAGGCCACUCACGCAAAGAAAGCGAUGACUUCUCAAAGCUGUGUUUUGGGAAUGAUAGCGAAAAUCUCGAAAGUGGCGGUGAAGGAAACUUCUAUAUGGACCCAGCUCUGGAACCGGCGUUGUCUUUUCAUCAACCUAAAACUUAUUUUACUUCUAUCUCCUUUGUGCAUGGUUUAAGGGAGAUUUUGCCAACCCUUCGAUUAAGUUUAAUUCGACUGUACGUCCAUCCCGCGGGUGCUGCAGUGGUCUUACUAGCCGCUAUUUUGAUUCCCGUAUUAUUGGGCUGGCGUGCUUUUGACUUGAACCAUAAAGAGAAGGGAGAAUAUUUGGUGAUAGAUAAAUCUUUAGAGUCGUUUGAGAUUCCGGGACACAUCACGUCCCAACAUAACGACUUGGUAGACGUCGCGUCCAAGCUGUCGAAAGAAAGCAAGAAGGUUCCUCGGCGAGAACCUGCCAGAAAAGGCCGGCGAAAACGGUCAGCUAGGAUUCCAGAUGCCUAUCCAUUUCAAAUAAGACCGAAAUGGACUCUGGAACUCGUGUAUCUUGCUGUGGGAAAAGAUGAAUCUGAUUUGAACAUUUUCACGAAAGAGCGCUUGGAAACUAUUCAUCAAAUUGAACAGAAUCUGAUACUGCUAGAAGACUUUGCUGAUUUUUGUUGGAAAUGGAGCAAGGCAAAGUUCGAUCCUUUUCUUGUUCAUAUAAAUGGCUGUACGCCUCCCAUUUCGCUUAUAGACUUUUUCUUUCCGUCCAUUAAUAAGACCUUGGGUCUACGUAUAAAUGACGGGCAAGGAAAAGUUAACCUGACGAAAGAAAGCAUAGAUCAGAGUUUGAAACUGCUACUAACAAAGCCUUACGCGUACUGGUUUGUGGACGACUCGUUCUCCAAAGACCAUCAAAAGAGCAGGUUUUUACGUGCCGAAAUAAAGUUUGGUUCGCCUUUGCACUGGAAGUAUGGGUACAAUAGCAAACAACAGAGCAAAUCCUUCAAGACUUUUCUGAUCAAAUAUGUGGAAGCUUUGAAGAAAAUGUCAACCGAGUAAGUAUCUUUUUUCCUCCUAAAUAAAGAUAAGUUUACAUUUAUUAAGUGGGAAGCCGUCUCUCUUUAACGCCCUCGCUUAAAUGCUUUUGUCGAAUUUAAAUACCAUGUAAAAGGAUUUUCACAAAAAUGAUACAUGUAGAUAAGAGCUUGAAGAGCUUUUCAGGUGAAGAAAACCGGCCAUUUCAAAGCGUUUUCAUUGUUCAAGAUUAUACGGAUGUUUUUAUGCUUUUCAAGUUUAAUAAUUGCCUUGAAGCUGGGUGCUUUAAAUAAAGUGAAGAUAAGAGAAGAUCGUGCCUGUUUGCAUUUUUUAGGAUUUGCUUUUCUGAAAAACAGGAAUUUGUAAACAAAAUUCACGAUCACUAAUGAGCUAUACCUAAAAGCGUUGUCGAAAUGCUUCGUCAUGAAAUGCAAUGAAAAAUCAUUGAGGCUUAAAAUUAAACCGCACUUUUUUUCUACAGUGCUUUAUGAGUAGCUUUAAAAUGCAGCUUUGAAAUUAGGUUAUUUAGUUUCACUGAUGUUUUUUUUUCGCAAAUCAGUCAAUUUUUUGAGUACGCUCAUGCCCACCCCCACCCCCCCUGGGGCAUAUAUUAGGCAUUUGUCAAGUUGUGGGCGUGUGUCAUGAAAGUUAUGCUUAGGGGGUUGGAGUAUUAGUUUUGUUAUUGUUGAACUUAACAUUUAUCGAAGAUUUCCCACCACCUUUCAAAACGGAAAAUGUAUUUCAUACAUAGUUGCUAUUAAGAGCCAUAACCUGUAACACCUAUUGUAGCUGAGCUCACUUGAUGUUACGGGUGAUCAAACUGGAAAGCUAUAGGUAAGGCAAUAAAUUUUUAUGAGAGGGGUGCAGGUGAAUCUUAAUUUACUGCUUGAAAACUUGAUGACAGCCCUGUCAUUUGAAAAGUACAAUGUGUGAUUCCAGAAAAUAUCCAUACCAUAACUUCUCGUCAUAUACUGCGGCUGUGGCUUCACUGCUCGCUGUUCGUGUGCAGUAACUUUGUAAAGAAAGGCCUCGCAAAACCCUGGAAGAGGGGGCUGGGAAUGGGCAUCCUUGGAAUUGACUGAGCCAUAUAUUUAUUUAUUUGUUUAUUUACUUUAACCCAUUCGCUCCUGGAGAUUUUGCCGAAAAACGCGUUUUGAAGCUAGUCGAGUUGUUUUCUGGUCACUGUCGUGCUAUAAAGAGCUUAAACUUACCACAAACCGGUUUACAGGUCGUACAAUUCAUGGCCUUCUGAUCCAGAUGCAAAAUAUCAGCUUGCGAAGUUCGGGCAUGGGCAGAAAGCAAAAUUUCGAGAUAGUUUUUGGGUUUAAAAGUGACACAGCAGUCUUGACUUUUACUUUUCGCUUCCUCUCCUCCCAGCUUUUUUCGCUUUUCUUGCCUCAAUUUUUUUUCUCUUGCUGGGCAUUUAGUAGGCUUCAUUUUGGUGGGAAUAGUUUUUAGGAAAGCUUUUAGGAUCUUAGGAUUAGGUGAAAGAAAAGGUAGGUGGGCAAUGGAACAAGAUUUUCUUGGAGAUUUUCAGGUCAAUGUUACAUGGUUUUUUGCCUCUUUCUCCGGUGUCCUUGACUGAAUUGUGCUCAUUCUGGUAUGGUUUGAAAGAUCUCUUCACUCUGCACAAGUUAGUGGACAAAGUUCUCCUUGACCAUUAAAACUGAUGACGUCAAAAGGGGUAGAAAGGACGUGGAUAAACACGGGCGGUUACGGGCGGUUCAGGGGCGAAUGGGUUAAGGAGAUGGAUAGUCUUUAUGUAAGGUGUAAAUCUAACUUCUGCCUGUAGUUUUAAUGUUGUAGUCUUGAGGUCUGUGUUGUAACAUUAAUGCGUAGCCUUUGUGGACCUUGAGAGUCCACGCUUGUCUUUAAUAAUAAUGAUUUGCAUGACAAGUUUACUCUGUCAACUCAGUUGUUAAAACUAAAUUUCCUUGCAUGCUUAAUAGUUUAAUAUUUUGAACAUCUGCCCUAUAUGUCAAGCAUUUUCUGACAAGUUCUAAACACUCUUUAAGUUUUACCCUUUUUGAUAAUAACCAGCGUUUAAUUUAUACUUUGAUUCCCGCUUCUAAGUCAAACAUACACCCUAAAGUACAUUGGAAUAGGAUAAUGAUCUCUUAAGAUAAAAUAUGACAACUGUAUGACUCUCACCAGCAGGAUUUAAUCAAGCCCUAUAAGAUAAGAAUAAGAUAAAAUAUGACAACUGUUUGACUCUCACCAGCAGGAUUUAAUCAAGCCCUAUAUCAAGAGAUGAAUAUGCAUAAUCUCCCCGCUGUUCUCCUUACGUUUCUUUUGCGACAAAGGGGAGCAAUUGAUCACUAAUCACAAAUUUCUUUGUAUCCCAGUUUUAAUUUGUUAUUUUCUCUGAAUGCAGCUGCCUGAGAUGCAAAGAAUUUGAAUUUUGCAGCUAGAUGUGUGCUUGGAUGGGUGGUUUUGUGGCUUUCUUGCUUGUCUUGAUCUUUGUCUUGGUAGUGAUAGCUCAUUAACAUAAUAAAAAUUGUUGAAAUACAGUAAAAACCUGCGAGUAAGAAGGCUUAAAUUUGCCAGUUAGGCCCCCUCUAUACAAGAACCUGUUUAGCCUAAAAUUUGAAACAGGUUCUUAUUUUCUAAAAGCUAGGUAAAAAUUCUGUAUACUUGGGGGAAUACAAUAAGUGAACAUUCAGGAUUCUCAGUUUGGAGGCAUCAGUGUCUUAUCACUCCAACUGCAAUGUACUGCUGCACUGGCUACCAGUGGAUGGAGCAGAGAAUAAUUGUAUUUUUAAGAUUAAUCUCAUAUGUUUUAACCCAUUCGCCCCUGAACCGCCUGUAACCGCCCGUGUGGAUCCACAUCCUUUCUACCCUUUGUGACGUCAUCAGUUUUAACGGUCAAGGACAACUUUGUCCGCUAGCUUGUGCAGAGUGAAGAGAUCUUUCAAACCAUACCAGAAUGAGCACAAUUCAGUCAAGGACACCAGAGAAAGAAGAAAGAAACCGUGUGACAUUGACCUGAAAAUCUCCAUGAAAAUCUUGUUCCAUUGCUCACCUACCUUUCCUUUCACCUAAUGGGCAAUUCCAGAAAAUAUCCAUACCCAACCACGGACGGCUUCCAUGUUUUAUCCCCCCCUUGCCUUCGGAAAUUCCAAAAUGUGUUACCCCCCCAGGCCCUCAGAUAUCCAUAAUCAUGAACCCCCUCCCCCUCCCCUUCAGAAUUUCUGUUUUUUUGGAAGUACAUUUUCGACUUAGCAACGCCUAUAUGAACAAACGAACAUGAAUUUAUGCCUCCUCAAGGCUGUGAUCUAGCGGCGCCAAGCGACAAGCUUUACUCUAACCUACCGCUAGUAGCCAGGCUGUGCAAACUCCUUUUAGGUCCGAAUUUGGCUAUAACAAUAAACACCACUAACGGCAAUUUUACUCCUCUUUGUUUUCUUGUGCUGUUUUGACAUUUACAAAGCAAAAUAGCUCAAAUUCAGACUGUGAAAAUCUUUCGACGGUCAAAUAUACCGUCGAGUCGUGUUGCGUCCUUUUAUACAUCAUGUAGUGUGCACGAAAAGUGUUCUAAUCUGACAGGCGUUCCUUGGAAGCCAGAGACUGGUGCGAGUUUUUUGACUGUUCAUCGGACGGGGUAACAAGAAACUUGCAAGCAGUAAGAUAUAUAUUCCAUUUUUUUUUUUUCACGUGACAAGAAAUUCAUCAAGGUUAAUGUGAAACCCACGUUUUACUGUUCUUCUAUAAGUUAUGAGCGUAAACACGUGUCUGAUCUAUCGAUGCUUGUCUUCUGCUUCCGCGGUCAUACGUUCGUGGUUUAUUUACGAACUACAAAAGUCCACAACAAUGGCGUUUUCAAGGAACUCACUCUACACAUUCUACUCCAGAAAUCCCACCUGUGGAAUUCCCCCAUACCUUCGGAUUUCUAAUCGUAAAUACCCCCCGUGCCCUCAGAAUUCCAUAAUCGUGAACCCCCCCUCCCCUUCGGAAAUCCUAAAAGCCGUCCGUGGUAUGGUAUGGAUAUUUUCUGGAAUCGCCCAAUCCUAAGAUCCUAAAAGCUUUCCUAAAAACCAUUCCCACCAAAACGAAGCCUACUAAAUUCCCAGCAAGAGAAAAAAAAUGAGGCAAGAAAAGCGAAAAAAGAGGGGAGUAGAGAAAGCAAAAAGUAAAAGUCAAGACUGCUGUGUCUUGAAAUUUUGCUUUCUGCGCAUGCCCGAACUUCGUAAGCUGAUGUUUUGCAUCUGGAUCAGAAGGCCGCGAAGUGUACGACCUGUAAACCGGUUUGUGGUAAGUUUUAGCUCUUUAUAGCACGACAGUGACCAGAAAACCACUUGACUAGCUUCAACACGCGUUUUUCGGCAAAAUCUCCAGGAGCGAAUGGGUUAAGCAAGGGUGUGCUCUAAGGAAAAUUAAAUGGAGCACAGUGCUUUUUUUAAACAAUUAUUGUUUAAAAAAAUACGAUUUUCUAGUUGCCCAAGAGCAAAAGUUAGGCGCUAGGGGCCACUGGGCUCUACUAGAGCACAGCCCUGGUUUUAAGGUACUUAACAAUUUAGCUUCUGGUAAUCUGAUAGUACCAUUGCGCAUUUAUGAACCUGCGAGGUGUCCUAAUCGCUCAUCUUCUAAAAAAAUGGCAAUUUGUUAUUGAAGCCUGUGACCUAAAGGCAUACAGUCCCAGGGCCUUUUCAGUCAUUGUCCCUAUCCUCUGGAACGAUGUGCCUAUUGAUAUCAGAUCGAUUGACAAUGUUAAUAAAGUUAAUAAAUUCUGGGUUGAAGACCUAUCUUUUCAGUGAGUUUAUAAACUGUCUUAGGAUUUUAUUUUUUUAUCAUUAGUUUUUUUUUGUUUCUGCUACAAUGUAACAAUAAAAUGUAAGUUAGUCCAGGAUUCCUAUUUUAUGAUAUGGAUUUUUUAAAGCGUAGCGCUUGGCACUGAAAAGAAUAAGGGCUAAAUAUAUAUUGAGAUUCUAUAAAAGGAAUAAAGUGCAUAUCACUGCAGGGAUGUAGAUAAUAGCUGGGAGCUAGGGAAAAUACCCGGUUGUCAACUUGANCGUCUGCUCCCCCCCCCCACAGGCCCCUUAACCCCAUCAAAUUGCAAUUCCCAUCUGUUAUAAAUUUAAGCUAUAUCCCUGGUGCCACAAAAUGCCAUCAGCAACUUGUAUUUGUUUUCAUCAUAAAAUGAGAACCUAAGAACCUAAAUAACCUAAACUUGUGCUAAUUGCCAUUUAUGUAAUCUUGAACCUGUCUAGGCUAACUUGGGAAAAUGUUAGUUCUUACUCACUGGUUUUUACUUUAUCGGAGUUGUCCUUAGGUUUUUCAGUAAAUCCUUUUAAAUCCACCACUGCAUUUUCUAUUGGGCCAUAUUCUCUAGUGACUAUAUUUUAUACUGGUAAUAAAACCCUUGCUAACCUGAUUCCUUUUUCAUUCAUAUCCAGCAAAGUUCAUAUCCUUUAUGGAGGAAAUGAUAUCUUUGACUAUGAGGUGGACAAGACUCUCUGGGCUGACAUCAGACUCUCUGUCUUCACCAUGGUUUUUGUUGCAGCAUUUGUGUUAGUCUUCACUAGGUUCUCAUUGUGGCUGACAUUCUGGGGGAUCUUAAGUCUUCUUACACCAAUCUGCUUGGCUUACUUUUUCUUCCGUGUCGUGUUUGAAAAAGUGAGUCUGGGAAUACUAAGUGGUAUCUCAGUGUUCAUCAUUAUUGGCAUUGGAGUGGAUGAUGUGUUUGUUUUCAUUAACACGUUCCGUCAAGCACAUGGUGCCAAAAACUUGGAAACUCGUAUUGCUCACACUUUGUGCACUGCUGGGAAAGCCACCUUCUUCACUUCAUUCACCACAGCAGCAGCAUUUUCUGCCAAUUGCCUUUCUGAGGUACAAAUUUAAAAAAUGUUUGACUCUAAUAAAUUAAUGACUAUGCAAGAAAAGAAUGGUCUUAUUAUUUUUGUAGGACUGUGAGUCUGUGGAACAGAUUAGAAGUCGUUUCUUUGUGUCUGUCCAUUCAUCCAGUCAAUGUUUUGUUAUUAGUCUCAUAUAUCAAUUCAACGGAUCGAAACGCACCAGUUACUGAUUACGAGUCUUCAUAGCCAAUAACAUCACGGCUUAACUGACAGACGACCAAUAACAUUACUACGUAAUUGACCAAUCAGAUCAAUAACCAGAGUAUAAUACCAUCAACUGACAUGAUACAACUCACUUUGACUCUGAAGAUGAGUACUGCACAGGUUGUCGAAAUGUCAGUCUCUGGUCAACAACAUCAGUCCUAUUCAGGACUACGUUCACCUGGACGAUCAAACUCAACCUACUUUUGAAAUGACUCCUGGGUUCAAACCUUUCACAGUUCAACGUAACAAGUGUGCAGACGAUCUGGAUAAUUCAAACACCAUGGCAUGACCCCUUUGGUGUUCAUAUUCACCAGGUUCUACUUUAUGCGAUCAUUGAAACAUAAACUCUUUAGCAGUACACUUGUACUUUGAUGUGAUGUUUUAAUGUGUAGUGUCCAUACUAUUCUUACAAAAUGAAAGUUUAAAUUUAAUUUUCAAUGUUUUUGGCUGCUUCAAGGUGCAAAAGGUUAAUAAACCAUGGAAUUUCUGUGCUUUAAUUUUAUUUUAAUGAUCAGUGUCAUCACUGGGCUCAUGUUGAAUGACUUAUUUCUUUCAUAUUACAGAUGCCAGCAAUUCGUGAUUUUGGUCUGUUCAUGGCACUUAUAGUGAGCUUUUGCUGGUUAACAGUCUUUUGUACCAUUCCCCCUGUUCUAAAUUUGUGGCACAGGUACAUUGUCAAAUGGGAGGAAGUCAUAUUUGAUUUUAUUUCUGGCUGGACCAGUUAUUUGUUUGGCAAUGUGAGAUAUACAUUACCUGGUAAGUAAUUCACCUUGAGAAAUCUGGUCUCCCUUCUGCAGGCAUAUUUUGCAGUGUGAACAGUGAUACUGAUGUUCUCCUGUCAUCUUGGAUGUCGAAACUGACAGAGAGGUGGGGCAAGUCAAAAAAAAAAUUUCAAGGGAGAAGAUUUCAUGAUGGCAGUCAUGAUCAGUGUACCUCUGAGUUUUCCUUAAAAAAUUAAAAUAAAAAAUUUAAAAAGUGUGCUCUUCAAGCUACCUUCCGUCCAGUUUUCACAUUCAUCAGGAUGUUACACCAGAAAUGUAGACAAGCUUUUUAAAAAAAUUUUGUCAUAUUGCUAUGACACCUCAAAAAGUUUUCUUCCCAAGGAGCAAGAAAACAUUUAUGUUCAUUAAAACAAGCUUAUUUAAUAUUAAGAAUAAUGAUUAGGAUCCUGUAAGUAAUUAUUGUUACUGUAGUGAGGAAUAUUGUUCAGUGUUCUAUCAAGGUUUCACUAUGAAUCUCAAAGAUUGAAAGCUCUGGGCGUAGUUGAUAAAGUGCAUUAUGGUGAUGAAAUCCAUUGACUCCUUUGCUAUAUGUUUAUAUGUUUGCCUUUUUGGACUUGACUAUGUACAUUCCUAUUAUUUUGAACUUACGGAUCAAUAGAAACAUUGGAUUAAUUUAUUCAGUCACCAUUGUUUUGCGAACAAAACACAUAGGAUUGCACAAAGUUAUUUAGGGAGUUUCCAACAUAAACUGCCGCACUGUUGUUUUCAUCUUUGAUAUUUGCCAGCUUUCUUAACCCUUUAAGCCCCAAUAUCCACUUACAAAUUCUCCAUACUGAUCUUUAUACAUUUCCAUUAAGAAUUAGUUGAGAGAAUUUGAAAAAAGAUCAAGGCAUUUUCACUUUGGUGAUCAUUUUAUUAAUUCUCAUAACCUUUUCAUUUGAUAAUAUAUGGAUAUUAUUGGGAGAAAAUUGAUGUUGGUCACCAUUGGGACUUAACAAUAACCAGUCUCCUCUACUAACUAUGCUCUGGGAUACAAAAUAUCAUUGUGUUUUGAUUUUGAAUCGGCCACUGUUUUGCAGAUGACAUUGUUCAGUUCCUGUCAGGAAAUGACCAAAACCGCACGGCAAGUGAGCCCUCAUCAGCUUCAUCGGUUGAGUUAGAACUUUCUGUGCGGCAAUCAUUCCAAGAAGAAGAUGAUGAUGAUCAGUUACUGCAACUCAACAGCAGUGGAUCAAACUCUCAGUCUCCUUCGCCAAGCUCUAGUGACUGUGACUUGGCCAUGUAUAGUGAUCCUAAUGGCACAUUUGAUAUGCAACUGUCGACACCACUUAUGCAGAGCAGAACCUCACAGCCAAGAACUACAGUUAGACAGACAGGCCAAUCUGGCAACUUUCUGCAAAGCUUUUUGUACCGUUGGUGGGGAGUUCCAAUUAAGAAAUAUCCUAUUGUUGUUGUUGUGUGUUUUGUGGUGGUCCUUGUGGCAUCCAUAACGUUAGACAGUAUGAUCCAUGCUUCUACAAAGCCUCCAGCAUUUUUCAAGGAAAGCACCAAUUUACAGCAGUUGUUGUACUUGAAGUACAAUAUGAGUAGUGACAACCUUAAUGUGAAUGAUUUAGACUUGGAUAUCGUAGGCAAUGAUAAUGUACACUCCAACCAAAUUCCUAACCCUAAGACAACAAAAGCAACAGCAACGGAGACAAAUGGGUUGAAAAGCUCCACAACUAUCCCUUCCCCUACUACUGCUGCACAGCGACCUGGCAAGCCAAAGUCAAGCGGAAUACACCAGCAGUCCAAUCCAACAAAGUCUACCACAUUGGCUUACAGGCAAACUACCACUCUUCUGCCUGAGAAAUCAUCAACUUUGACACUAACACCUGGAACUCAAAAGGCAUCAAAGUAAGGCUUGUUUCAAAAAAGUUAAUGUAAUGAUCUUAAUGAGAAAAUGACAUUCAUUAGAUUAUUUAAAUUGCAUGUGUGCUUAGAGACUGGUUGUCAUGUAAGAAACUUGAUUCUGUGUAAUUAUUAUCAAGGCUGUGCUCUACGAGAAAUUUUCUGGACCCCAGUGCUCUGGAAAAUUUGGGCACCCAGCGUAAACUAAGAUUUGAUCCUAGUCACCCAAAAGCAAAAGUGAGGUGCUGUGGGCUACUGGGCAUAGCUAGGGCACAGUCCUAUGCAUAAAUUUGUAUAUUUAUUUGUUUGGGGAAAGACUUUAUACAUUUAUAUACAUUUAGCUCAUUUUUAAUCUCAAGUAAGAUCAAGAACAACAAUAGGUAACAAAAUAAUUUUAUGUAAAUUUAUAGACAUCAUACAAUGCUCUUAAAAAAAGUUCCGUUCAUAACUCACAGGUUAAUAUAUUUUGAAUUUUUUACCAGAAUAAUAGAAAGCUUUAAGAUUUUUCAUUAGAAGAAUGAACAGAUCUUGAAGAAAUUAAGUGUUCUAUGCUUUGGCACAACAUUGUGGUGUGUUGUAUCAGUCCAAACAACUUGCUGUACACUUUUUAAUGCAAUUCUGCUGGUUUUUGUUGUAAACAUUACUCGAGAUGGAGAAAAGAGCAUUUUCACUCACUUGACCAGCGUCUAGAUGCAAAUUUAUUGGAGCAAAAGAAAGUUUUUACGUAAGAAAAGAGUUCAAAUUCCCACAGGAUUGGUUCAGAGUACCAACAUGGCGGCCGCUUCAUUGUUUUGGAACACCAAUAUGGCUGUUGUGAUGUCCUGUGAAAACACUGAAUAGGACGUAGAUGUUUUUUACUGGGCUACUUAUCUCCUCCUGAAAUUCAUGUUUCCUCAUAAGAGGGUCCGUAGUGUUUGGAUUCAAGUAUUAAAUAAAAACAAAUGUUUUAGGUCUCCAACCAGGAGCACCAAGAAAUCCACUUCUCGGGAUGUUACAGGUUAGUUUACUUUCAUCCCUAUGAUUCUCAUGAAAAGGCUUUAAAUGGAAUUUUCUUGUUACCUUGUGUUCAUUAUAAUCCCUGUAUCUACUGCUCUGAUGUUGUUCUUGACUGCACUCGCAAAAAAACCUCCCUCUUCAGAAGCAGAGAAUUGCAAGGGUGUACUUAUUACAAUCUUUAUUAAGGUAAAACCUUUUUGUUUUAUCACAGAGCCACCAAAGACGACACAAAAACUCAAGCAAGGUACAUGAAUAGAUAUACAGUAAAGUAAACGGAAGCACCUUUUAAGUGAUAUUCUAAUAAUAAUAAGCUCUUUAUUAAUUUCAAAAACAAAUGUUCCGGAUUACAAUUGACAAUUAGAUAAAAUUGAAAAGACACCUAUUGAUAAAACAGUCUUAAAUAAACGUCAGUCCUUAUUUGAGUAAGUACAUAGGAAUGACCACUGUUCCUUAACAAACGCGACAAAAUUUGUCUUGUGCGAUCAUGUCCGUAAUUCUCAUGACCACUCUGUUUUACAAAGCACUGAUAUUACAAGGAGAAAUUUGAUGCUGAUCACUCUUAGGGCUUAAAGGGGUAAUGAGUUUUUGACUUAUUAUGGCCUGAGGACUUUUUCCUUUUGGAGCCUGCAAUCAUAAUCUCCAGGUUACUACUAUGCAUGCUUGGUGCUUAUAUAGCUGGCUUGCAAGCUUCAUUUGGACUUCCAUUAAGAAUGAAUGGAAUGCUCAGAAUGCAAUUUGAUCUGACGCGCGUUUGGACCUUUUACCACUCAUAAUCUGAUUACGCGUGUUUCCACCAUCUAUUGCAUGACAUUUAUGCAAAGCCUAGCGUAGGAGCAAAAGCGUUUUGACCUUCAAUCCAUAUCGUGCGCACCCCAUAACCUUUGGUUGUUACUAAUAAGUAUCAAUGGUAAAUGUUAUAAACUAUUGUUUUCACUGCAUGUUAUAUAGCCACCAGCAGAUCUGGUGCAGGGUCUACCACUUCAACUGGUGACACAACACUACCUACCGUGUGCCCACCAGGCAGCUGUAAGGCUAUUGACAAACCCCUAGUGGAUACAGCAGCGACUGUUUAUGUGAUAUUUGGUUUGAAAGCCAUUGAUCGCAGCAAAAUAACUAGAGAACAUGUUAUUGAGAAGAAGGUAAACUUCAACAUUAAAAUUAUUAAUGUUCACAUUAAAAUCUUGAGUGCAGCAGUUGGUUCAUUAGUGACUGGAUAUUAAAUAGUACAGUCAAGCCUUUAAUUUCAAAUUUCUUUUUCUAAAACUCUAAAAGAAUAACACUCUGCAAAACUCCUUUGAUGGAUAGGGUUUCACGUGAAUGGUAACUCCACAGGAUUUUGUCUGCAAAUUUAAAUGUUAGAGAAGUGCAUUUUUUGGUAUUAAGAGGAUGAACAUUUCUGUUUUAGGGUGACGUUGUUCCAGACUAUGAUUUCACUGACCUGUUAUUAAACAGCUGGCCAACAUUUCUCAUGUAUGCAUGCCGGUUGUGCCACAAACUUAGUAACAAUUCCAAGCUGGUUCGACCUGGUGGGGCAGAUUGUUUCCCGACAUGGAUCAUGGACUACAUUAACGACCCUCAAAGACGUCACGAUGACUGGAACAAAGAUUGUUUAAAGAUCAAAAAAGCAAUGCGCAGCACAGGGAAAUCGCGUGCGAAGCUCAUGAAAAUGCCGUCAAAGGACCCUAAACAUGGCAACUAUACCUACUGGAUGAAGAUGGCAUUUGAAUCGGUAUUGCUUUUUUUAUUAAGUAUUUUCCGGCGGGGGUUCUUGGUCUGCAAUUUAAUAAAAAACACGAAUUAAAGGUUCAAGGCCUUUGUACUCCCUUACAUUAGAGCUGCAUUGAAAUUUUAAGUUGCCAGGUAAACGAUACAUGUAGGCAGGGAAUCAAACAGCUAGUGAUACUGCUUAGCUCUAUUUUUCUUCUGUUUUACUACUUAAGUAAGCGGGGUUACAUUCAUACUAGCCGAUGAAAAUCCCUGGCCUCCUGCCCUUAAUGACAGCCCUGCUUUUAUGUAUAAUCAUUUUAUAAGGCUCAUGGCUAUGCUGUUAUUAAGAGUAAGUUUUGGUCCUAACAACAAUUUGAUGAUCCUGUGGGUGUUCAGUUGAGCAUGACUUUUGUUAAAUAAACUUGCGGAUUAUUAUCUCUGCUGCACCAUAUGUAACCUGAACUGAGAGUUUACUGAAUGGCUUAAUAUUCUUUUUUUCUAGAUUUUUCUUUCUUGCAGUAAUUAUACGUUGCUGUUUUUUGUAUUAUUUCUUCCAAAGGAUGGGUGCAAAAACUUGCCAUGAUUCAUUUUCCUAAUUUUCGCAGGGCUCUGAUCAUUAAAUAACAGCUCUUUUUUCUGAGGAGGUUACCUUGGCUAAAGAACUUUUAUUAUUUUUUCAUUUAUUUAUUUUUGUCAGUAUGUAAAAUACUCAUCAGGGAGCCCAGCUGCCCUAAAACUAUUGGGUACCCUGCACAUAGGUGUUCUGGAAAGGAGAAGCUGGCACCACUAACUUAUCUGCUAAAUCAUAGCCCUCACGUGACUGAGUCUCUAAACCAUAAUUUCUUUAGUAUUCAAAGGAGACAGACAGGCAAAUUGUUAUUGCUGGAAUGUCAUAACUGUUCAUCAGUAGAAUGACUAAAAUGUGCGCAAUUCCACAACUAUUGGUUUCGGCUUUAUGAAAUCCUAUUUUAUUCAUGAAUGUUAUUUUAAGUGGCCGUAUAGAAAUGGUUUAUAUGACUAAAACAAAAAUCAAGGAUCUCUUCAUUUCUUGUAGUCUGUUUUCAUGGGAAAAUCUUCUCAAGAGAAAGUGAAGGAUUAUGACAACUGGAACAACUUCUUAGAAGAAGAACUCAAGUCUUAUCCCAAAGGUCUAAAGACAGCCUUCCAGACAAGUAAAGAAUGGGUGAUGACAUUUAUGGAAGUCAUUGCUGUGAACAGUGCUAUCUAUGGCAUUGCUUUGUCACUCGCAUGGUGUCUGGGCUUAGUUGCCAUCUUUACAGCCAACUUCUUUCUGACACUGAUUGUUACGAUCACCAUUCUAAGUAAGUGGAUUUCUUGACCUUAAGGUCCAGGCCCCGGUUGUUUAAACGUAAGGUAGCACUAUCCAUGUUAACUCUCUAACCAACAGAAAAGCAUUAAGGAAACCAGUUGUGCCAUCCACUGGAUAGAGAUUUAGAUUUAUCCAGUGCAGGACAGCAUUAUCCACCCUUUGAAAAGCAACGUUGCUGUAAAAAGAGUUGUAAAGCUAUGUUGCGCAUUGUGCCAGCCAUGCAACAAAUCAGGUCGUUGAAGUUAAGGUCUUCGGCUGCAAUAAUACUAACCCCAGUGCUUUUUUCUUGAAGGUGUUUUAAGUACAGUCGUGGCAAUAUUUUACUUAGCAUCAUGGCAGCUGGGAGCAGUGGAGGCUAUUUCUCUUUCCAUAUUAGUUGGCACAUCAGUGGAUUAUUGUGUUCAUCUCGUAGAAGGCUACAUCAUGGCUGGAAACUCCAUUCCUGCAACUCUAACCUCGUCGAAGGUUGGUUUAUAUUUAAAUAUCUUGUCUGAUCUGUCUAUUAUAUUGGAGUCCAUUACCCUACAUGUUUGUAUCCACUUUUCUUCGUUAUUGUAUUUGUUGAUUAUUUUAUGCGUUGUGCUUCAAUAAAUGGAAUAUAUUGUAAAACGCAAAUAUGUUAUUGGCCUCUCUAACACAAGUAUAUAAUUAUAUUUUACAAGAAAUUUGUCUUGCAGCCCGCUAUAAACAUCUCUCACUAUUAUAACCCUUACAGCUGUGUAGAUGCCAAGAGUGACCAACAUCAAUACAUGAUCAAGAGACUACAAUCAAAGACAAAAGUAGUUGGGAAGGCUGUACAACUUAACAGUAGUCCAUUUUAAUCCUGAAAAAAGAGAGUUUUCUCUUUUGCUAAAUAUCCCCCGUUCCCCCUGUUCAAUGUUGGGAUAUAACAGAACAAUUACGCGCACAAACAUUAACGUUUUGAUCAACAUUGGGCCAGGGGCAGGGGGAGGAAGGAAAAGAAGAGGUAAAAAAGGCAACCUUCCCAACACUUUUGACGAUGAUUGUAGGAGAACAGGACAUCAACUUUAAACGCUUAUAAAACUUGUCGCAUUUAACAUUUGAUUGAGAUAUCUCGCCCUGGAACUGUGCUGAUAAUGCACUUUCCAAAGUAUAUAAAAAAUACAAUAAAGGUUAUACUUCGGUAAAAUCAUAAAUAGGAGAAUUUUGCAUCUGACGUGCGUGACAUUUCACAGCGUGACCACAAAGUCCACUGGGUGAAAACGCUUUCCUUUAAGAACGUCAGAAGAAAACAUUUAAGGCCUUUAAUUUUUCUCAUGAACCAAGAGACGUUUUCUUCGCGUGGACUACAUAGAAAGAAUGGCCACAGGUGGUCUGUUUCACUAGAUUUAAUGAAAAGUCAUGAGGGUAUUUUUAAGCAAAAAAUGCUAUACAAUUGCUGUCGUUGUCAUGUAUACAUGUAUCGUUUUCAUCAGCGGCAUUAUUCCUGGUUAACUUUUGCCGUUUCCUAUCAGCGAAAUAUUUUGAAAGAUGUUACAAAUAGAAAUGGCAUAAAGGCUGCCACAAUAAAGUUUUUAUGGCAUUCUGGCGGUGUUAAAGUAUCCUAGAAAAACGUGAUGUUUGUAGUUGCGAGGAAGGAGUGAGAUAAGUGCCGAAUUAAAACCUUGUAGACUGUAUUUUUGUAAGGCCUGAAAGUUAUACGGAACCUCUAUAAAAGAGUUCAUUCAGCCAUGUUCAGUGUUCAUAUAGAAAUUGCUGUGCUAGCGUCGCCUGUCAAUCAUUCAGUUAAUUUGAGAACAGUAAACAACAUGAGUUUCCACAUUACUCCAUCACAUUACUCCACAAGAAAAUGCGAAAUAUAUGCACAAUGAACCAACUUUCAAACAAGAAAAGGGUAAAAACAUGUAAAUCAUGUAAGAAUAUGGACAGCUUUUGUCGCAUUUAUCUACGGAGAUAAAUUUAACAACUGUUUCCCAACAUUACUCCAUUUAAACAGUGCCUUAUAAAGGUCAAUUAGCAAAGUUAGUUUAAUUUUAACGCUAUCCAUGGAGUACUGUUGUAUUUUACUUAGAAUUAAGCUAAAAUAUCUAUUAAAAUUCCUUUGGUUAAGUCCUUGCAAAGCCCCGAACAAGUCAAUUAGGCUAUUUUGUCGUUAGCGCUACUAUAAACGAAUUUUUUUCGGCUACGAAAAUGGAGUAAUGUGGUGUGUGAUGACUUUGCAUGUGUUACCCUUGUUAAUUAGAUUAACGAAGACAAGAGACGCCUUAUUCUAAAUCCACAGCGUACUUUGUUGUCAUUUUCUGAAACCAGAUUCGAAAAGCAGUGCCACAAGGGCUUAACUAGAGUUUUUCAGCCGGAGAAAGUAGCCUCUACAAUUCGGCAAAUCUCCACUCAGCCUCAUAGUUUGCUCGCCUGGCAAAUUGGCAUGUGCUGAAUGUUGUAAAGAAGUGGGGAGUGCUAAGGAAGAUGUCAGCUACACUGUCGCAAUCCGAAUGAUUUUUGCAGAAAGUGGUGAACGCACUAUAUCUUGCUUUAAGAUUUGAAGCAUAUCAGCCUAUGCUACAGUCAAUAGUUUUCACCGAAAAUAGUCUUUCAUUUGUAUUUUGGCUCUCUUCCUGUGCUCCGGAAAGAGCAAUAGUUCUACUUACCGGGUUGCAAAACAUGCCAAAUAUAAACAGGUGUGUGCGCCAAAAACUGUCUUAACAAGGUACGGCAAAUAUUUUUUUUCAACAGAGUACUGUUGACGAGUGUUUUUUGAAGACGUUUCUACUGACAAAAAGUCGUCGAGUUUUGAUCUUUCACGGCCACACCCAGAAUUUUCAGACAAUCAAAGACAAAAGUAGUUGGGAAGGCUGUACAACUUAACAGUAGUCCAUUUUAAUCCUGAAAAAAGAGAGUUUUCUCUUUUGCUAAAUAUCCCCCGUUCCCCCUGUUCAAUGUUGGGAUAUAACAGAACAAUUACGCGUACAAACAUUAACGUUUUGAUCAACAUUGGGCCAGGGGCAGGGGGAGGAAGGAAAAGAAGAGGUAAAAAAGGCAACCUUCCCAACACUUUUGACAAUGAUUGUAGGUUAUGAGAAAUAGUGAAUAGAUUACCUAAAAGAAAUGUUUUGAUCUUUAAACACAGUCUGUAGGGAAAUGUGUGGAAAUCAGUCAAGGGAAUUGGUAUACGGGUAUAGGGGUAUAAGCAGUUAAGGAUGCAUUAAAUUUUUCUUUUGUUCAACAGAGAACUCUAAUCUUUAUUUGCCAGUAAAACCACUGGCUGACCAUCGGAACUGUUCAAGGCAUCGUAAUGUCACGCACAACAUGUGAUGCCAUACAUUAUGUAACUGCCGCUCUCAGUUUCCGUUGCAAGCGGCCACUGAAUUUGCGAGCAUUGUCAUUUUAUUAUGUAUUUGUUGGGGGUGUCGGUUUUUAGCUACUGAGAACAUCACAAAAACUAAGAACACGCCACCAAAAACAUAUGAUAAGUUAUCUUUAGUCAUUUUUCUUACAUUAAAUCAACAUUUGGGAUCAAAACGGUGCAAAAUUCUGUGUUUUAUGAAGCAUUUCUACCGAUCAUUUGAAUCAAGCUGAGAGCUGGAGUUACAAAAUACAGUAAAUGUACGGGAUCGCAUGUCACACGUGACAUCACAAUGCCUGGAAUAGUUCAGAUGGUCCACCUGUGGUAAAACACACAUCAGCAUCUGACCAUUUUAUUCUCUCUUACUAACGAUCAUCAUGCUUCUUUGCUUUACAGGAAAUUCGUGGUUGGAGGUCAUUAGCUGCUGUGUCUCACAUUGGCACAGCCAUUCUUAGCUCAGCUGUAACAACAAUAGUGGCGUCAAUACCUCUGUGCCUUGCCACAAUUCAGCUGUUUGCCAAGUUUGGUCAAAUCCUGGCCAUCAACACAGCAGUAUCAAUUUACUACACCCUGACAAUCUGUGUAGCAUUUCUGUGCUUGAUGGCCCCAGUAAGGUUCCGCGCUUCAUGGAAAUCAUCACUGAUUGCUCUCCUGGUUGUUGCAAUAGUUUACUCAAUCCCUACACUCAUUCUGUUUUUUGUUAACUGGAAAGUUGUCACCAUACCUGGCCCUGCAGGGGAACCUUUAUUUCCAAAGCCUAACUGA